GGCACAGUCACUAGUACUGCAACCUGUGUCCAGCUGCACAAAAGGGCUGAAAGGGUGGCUGCGGCUCUGACAGAGAAGGGAAGACUGAGUGUUGGGGACCAUGUGGCUCUGGUUUAUCCCCCAGGGGUGGACCUCAUCGCCGCCUUCUACGGCUGCCUGUACUGCGGCUGCGUGCCCGUCACCGUGCGGCCUCCGCACCCGCAGAACCUCGGCACCACGCUGCCCACCGUCAAGAUGAUCGUGGAGGUGAGCAAGUCCGCGUGCGUCCUCACCACACAGGCCAUUGCGCGGCUGCUCAAGUCCAGGGAGGCGGCCGCCGCCGUGGACGUCAGGACCUGGCCCACCGUUCUGGAUACAGUAUCCCAGUACCCAUCACUGGUGAAUGCUGCCAUGCCCCAUGAAGUGCUUGUGGGCCAAUGCAAGGGGCUGAAACCACCCCCCCCUGCCUUGACAAUUGG